AUGAAGAUCCAUUUUUACGAAGCGUUGAGCAACGGAGAUGAUAAGGCACCCGUACGUUGUGCGAUUACGGCUAUCAGGAAGAAUCUUCCAUGCAAUCUUGAAGAUUGUGAACAUUCAUGGUAUUAUGAGGAUUUACCUAAUGAAAGAGGUUUCAAAAGGAUACGUAAAUGUUCGCAAGAGCAACCAUGGAAUCCAAUUGCAAUGAUCGAUCAACACCUUCCAACAAAGAAAGUUCUUGAUGGUGUGGUCGCUAGAACUUGUCUUUCUUGGACUUUUCUAAUGCAAAAGUUGGCCGAAAAAUUUAAGGCGUGGGAUGUAUCUCGUGCAUUAAGAUAUCCAAUCGCGUUGGGAUUUAAGUUAAUUGGAAGGAGUCGAACGGAAGAAGAGUCGGCUGACAUGGCAUUAAUAUUUAAAGAGUUUAUUGACUCGCUUCAAUUAACCUGCGCACAAAAGAAUUCGAUCAAGGAGGACUUGGAUAUAAAUUGGAUGAGCGAUGAAUGGCGUGCCAUGAUAGUUGAUAGUUAUAAUUUGACCAGCGGUGAUAAUCAAGAUAACGCUGGAUUAAUAGCUUUCUUCAAUUCUCAAUCAUUUGAUCAUCAUGAUUAUUAUUCCAAGACACAAAAACCAGCUGAUAUGGUUCGUAAUUUAAACCUUGGAAGAUUUUAUUUCUUAUCAGGAUUAGUUAAACCAACAUAUGAUCCAAACUGUUAUUAUGUUAAAAGACAUGGUGAAUCAUCUCUUACCUUAACAUCAUCAUAUGAUGGUAAAUUAAUUUCAUUAGAUGAGAAUGUUAUGGAAAAAUUAAAUGUCAUGAUGAAUAGAUUUAUUGCAGGGUAUGGAGCCAACGUGCAAGAAGGAUAUUAUAUGGCAAACAUUAAAACAGGAGAAUGUUUAUUGUGUUAUGAUUUUAUUUGGAAUGGAAGAUUUCGUGAUACUUGCAAACAUGUUCACGCUGCUAAACUUUAUUCGGAAGCAUAUGGUGGUGAUUUUGAUUCCCUUAUUAAUGAAACCAAAAUUAAGUUAAUAGAAUAUUUUAAUUGUAGAGAAAUUAAUGAAACUCAACAAAAUAUUUUGAUAAGGAGAGGAACGGUUGAUGAAGCUUUUGCCGAAAUUCAAAGAUUAUAUGAAAUAUCAGGAGACAAGAUAUUUGACUCGACAAUGUUAUACAAGGAAACUUGUAGAGAUCCUUUCCGUAAUUGUAAACAAAAGAGACGAGCUGCAUCAAAACAAAGUAUUCCUGUAACUACAAAGAAAGUUCGCAUUUCAGAAGGAGAUCAACGAGUUGCAAUUAACGAACCCAUCAAAGAAUUAAAAACUACAUCAUACGAUUUACAACGAAAUGAAUUAACAACAGAUUUUAGCUCCUCUUUUAUUGAUUCGUCAAAUUCAAGGGUAGGGAAAGAAGGUAUCAAAAAUGUUACACAAAUUGGAUUACUUUUUAGUUCAUCAACAAAUGAUAAUCCUCCUCACUUAGAUCAAGAAAGCGGAGUAUCAAUCAACGAGUUUAACUAUUCUUCAUAA